AUGACUGUAUUGGUGCCAAGGUUGUUGCCAACUGCUAUGAAGUUGAGACCGCUAUGGUCUCAAGCCAGCAGAACUUUUGCUACUUCUAUGCGUCUGAAUGCUGCUGCUUUCGACAGAUCAAAGCCCCACGUUAAUAUCGGUACUAUUGGUCACGUCGAUCACGGUAAGACUACAUUGACAGCUGCUAUCACCAAGACAUUGGCCAAGAACGGUGGUGCUGAUUUCUUGGACUACUCUUCCAUUGACAAAGCUCCAGAGGAGAGAGCCCGUGGUAUCACUAUCUCUACUGCCCAUGUCGAGUACGAGACCGCCAAGAGACAUUACUCCCACGUCGACUGUCCAGGUCACGCCGACUACAUCAAGAACAUGAUUACUGGUGCUGCCCAAAUGGACGGUGCUAUCAUCGUUGUCGCCGCCACCGAUGGUCAAAUGCCACAAACUAGAGAGCAUUUGCUGUUGGCCAGACAAGUCGGUGUUCAACGUAUCGUUGUCUUUGUCAACAAGGUGGACACCAUCGAUGACCCUGAAAUGUUGGAAUUAGUGGAAAUGGAAAUGAGAGAAUUGUUGAACGAAUACGGUUUUGACGGUGACAAUGCCCCUAUCAUUAUGGGUUCCGCUUUGUGUGCCCUAGAAGGUCGUCAACCUGAAAUUGGUGAGCAAGCUAUCAUGAAACUAUUGGACGCUGUUGAUGAAUACAUUCCAACCCCAGAAAGAGACUUGAACAAGCCAUUCUUGAUGCCUGUUGAAGACAUCUUCUCCAUCUCUGGUAGAGGUACCGUCGUCACUGGACGUGUCGAAAGAGGUAACUUGAAGAAGGGUGAAGAAGUUGAAAUUGUUGGUCACAACACUACCCCAUUGAAGACCACCGUUACUGGUAUCGAAAUGUUCAGAAAGGAAUUGGACCAAGCUAUGGCUGGUGACAACGCCGGUAUCCUAUUGAGAGGUAUCAGAAGAGACCAAUUGAAGAGAGGUAUGGUCAUGGCCAAGCCAGGUACCGUCAAGGCUCACACCAAGAUUUUGGCUUCUUUGUACAUCUUGUCUAAGGAAGAAGGUGGUAGACAUUCUGGUUUCGGUGAAAACUACAGACCUCAGAUGUUUAUCAGAACCGCAGAUGUCACUGUUGUGAUGAAGUUCCCAGAAUCUGUGGAAGACCACUCUAUGCAAGUUAUGCCAGGUGACAACGUCGAAAUGGUCUGUGAACUAGUCCACCCAACACCAAUGGAAGUUGGUCAACGUUUCAACAUCAGAGAAGGUGGUAAGACCGUUGGUACUGGUUUGAUUACCCGUAUCAUCGAGUAA